AUGUCUUUCAGUUUUACAGCAACGCCUACCGAUCCACACGGCGCUCAUCAUUCGUCGCAGAACAGUAUGCAUCAUCAACAGUAUGUUACAUCCUUACCAGGUUCAUCGUCAUCAUCAACUGGAGGAUCUCCAACAACAGCCGCACAAGUACAAGCAGCUGCAGCCGCUGCUGCAGCAGCUCAAGCAGCAGCUAGUAUGCCAUUAAUAGCAUCAAUAGCCAACGUAAAAGACUCGCGUUGGCUUACACUUGAAGUAUGCCGUGAAUAUCAACGUGGAAAAUGUACCCGGUCCGAACAAGAAUGUAAAUUUGCCCACCCACCAACACAUGUUGAAGUUAAUAGUGGCAAAGUGAUCGCCUGUUUUGAUUCACUCAAGGGUAAAUGCAAUCGUACUAAUCCACCAUGUAAAUAUCUUCAUCCGCCUCAACACUUACGCGACAUUUUACUCCAGAACGGACGCAACAAUCUUAUUUUGCGUAGUAUUGCUAUGAAUAUUGCUGCGAAUCAAUCAAUUUAUCCACAAACGGCAACACAUAUGCCAUACCCCAACGGUGCUAUCAUUCAAAGUCCUUUACAACAGCCUGGAUCACUUCCAUCUUAUCAUCAUAUUGGGCCCAAUGGUCCAGGUCAAUCAACAUUAGUAUUUAAUCCAGCUGGUCAAGCGUUUAGCAUUCCGUUACAUGCAGCUCAUUUACAACAAUUACAACAAGCUACACCUGGUACUCCUAUGUUUAGUUCAGAUGGUACGCAAUAUUUUCAACCGGUGACACAAUUAACUGCACAAGCCGCUGGACAAAAGCCAGCACGUACCGAUCGUCUUGAAGUAUAUCAGAACAGCAAUUCCAAUCAUGAUGCCUUAAAGGUGUGCUCAGAUUUUCAGCAUGGUCAAUGUUUGAAUACAGUAGAUACAUGUCCAUUUGCACAUCCUCAAGCACAUUGUCCACUCGAUGCAGACGGUCUUGUUAUUGUCUGUGUUGAUUAUGUUAAAGGAAAAUGUCUUCGUGAAACAUGCAAAUAUUUUCAUCCACCUGAACAUCUUGUUGCACAAUUAAAAGUUGUUAAAGCACAAUCGGCCGCAGCUGCUGCUCAAGUCUUUUCUAAUACAGCAGCUACUAUUCAAUAUUCACCAUCAACUCUACAAUUUGUUAAUCCUUUUACAUUGAACAGUAGUCAGUCUAUAUUGACUGCAUCGAAUCCUACUACUUAUGCCUAUCCUCAACGAACAUCUACAGUAUCUGCUUGUUCCUCGCCAUUGCAACAACAAAAUGUUCAUGACGAUGAUGCAGCCUAUGCAAAUGGUUAUGUUUCAUCAUAUCAAGCAUAUCCAGGAGCAGCUAUACAAACAAUCUAUGCACAAGCUCCAUCAAUGGAUUUAAAAGAUUCAUCAAUGAUGAAUUCAACAAACGGUGAUAAUGUUGGUCGUAAUGGUUCAUCGUCAUCUUCCUCAUCAGCCGGCGUUAAGGCAGCGAUCGAUCCUGUCAGCAGCAGCAGCAGCAUCACACAGCAGACAAAAAAACGACCGCUUGAAGACGAUACUGCUACUACCGGUGCCUACCUGCAGCUGCCACCGGGAACACAACUUAUCGCUGCACCUCAUUACCUUCAACAACAAUCUCAACAACAACAGCAGCAGCAGCAGCAACAACAACAACAACAACAACAACAACAACAACAACAACAAGCAGCCUUAGCAGCUGUACAACAUCAACAACAAAAACGUUCAGCUAUUGCUGAUCCUAAAACUGGCAUACCUAUGGCUGCAUAUCCAUUAACAGCAUUCUCGUAUCCAUCACCGUCACCAUUACCAAUACAAUUUCAACAGCCAUAUUUAACUGCGGUUCCUAUGACUUAUAUGCCAUCGCCUGAUAUUGUCGCUGCUCAGGGUGCGCUUGUAUCUGUGGGCUCAUCUUAUGUAACUUAUAUUGACAAGAAAGGACAAUUGCUGGAUACACUUCCCAUUUGCCGAGACUUUAAAUCACGGCGUUGUACCCGGCCUCAAUGCAAAUAUGUUCAUCUAACUGAAGAUUUUGUGGAAGUUACUAAUGGUUAUGUGUGUAUUUGUAAAGAAGCUAUUAUGGGCAAUUGUUCUAAAAAUGAAUGUAAAUUUAUCAUAUAUGUACUGAAGAACUUCAACGGCAAAUUCUUUAUUUCAAUUAUAAUAAAAGCUGGCGCUCGAACGUUACCAACUCUAUCAUAA